CACGUCAGCGUCCAAGUGGUCUCCUACGGCUACCCCAACUUGACCUGCGACCAGUCCCUCGCGAUCCUCCCCAAAAAUCCCAAAUCCUACUGCUUCAAUCUCCCAACUGCACAAUUCCUGUCUUCCUCCUAUCUCUCGAUUUACAUUUGUUUUGCUUUGGAAUUCUUUAAUUCAAUUUGUUUGUUCUGUUAGAAUGAAUGACUUGUUCUCCGGCUCCUUCUCUCGCCUCCGCCACGAGCAGGCAUCGCCCGCACAUCAUGUCAUCGAGAUGGCGUCCACCACGCCUACCGGCGGUGUCAACCUCGACAAGUUUUUCGACAACGUCGAGUCCAUCAAGGACGAACUCAAGGAGCUGGAUCGCCUUAACCAGAACCUCCAGAGCUGUCACGAGCAGGGCAAGACCCUUCACAAUGCAAAGGCCGUCAAGGACCUUCGGUCUCGCAUGGACAUCGAUGUUUCGAUUGCUCUGAAGAAGGCCAAGCUCAUCAAGGUCAAGUUGGAGGCCCUCGAGCGAUCCAACGCAGCCAACCGUAGCUUGCCGGGUUGCGGGCCAGGAUCCUCGUCAGACCGGACCCGCACUUCUGUGGUCAACGGGUUGAAAAAGAAGCUGAAAGACUCCAUGGAGAGCUUCAAUAGCCUCAGGCAGCAGAUCUCAACGGAAUACCGGGAGACUGUACAACGCAGGUAUUUUACAGUCACCGGCGAAAACCCCGAUGAGAAGACCGUCGAUCUCUUGAUCUCUACAGGUGAGAGUGAGACGUUCCUUCAGAAAGCCAUCCAAGAACAGGGUAGAGGCAGGAUUCUGGAUACUAUCAAUGAGAUUCAAGAGAGGCAUGAUGCGGUGAAAGAGAUAGAGAAGAAUCUGAAGGAGCUGCAUCAAGUGUUCCUUGACAUGGCAGUGUUGGUGGAAUCUCAAGGGGAGCAAUUGGAUGACAUAGAGAGCCACGUGGCGAGAGCUCAAUCGUUUGUGAGGAGUGGAGCUGAGCAGUUGCAGACUGCGAGGAAGCACCAGAAAAACACCAGGAAAUGGACCUGUUAUGCUAUUACGAUUCUCCUGGUGAUCAUCUUGUUUGUGGUUCUUUUCACUGUCAGACCAUGGGAAAAUAAAGGUGGCGGUGGCGGAGGCGGAAGUGGCAGUGGUAAUCAGCCAGCUUCACCUCAAACACCUCCUCCACCGCCUCCGCCUUCUAGAAGGUAACAUUGGGCAAUUGCAUUCUCUUCCAGUGAGUAGAUAACCUUAUCGGGGUGGCUCAGCUGCGUUAUUGAUCAUGGAUGGUUUAUGUGUAUCGUUCGUGGAACUCUAAACUUUCCUGUUUAUUCUUCUUGCUUUUAUCUAAGCCUGUGCAUCAUUUCUCCUUUAUUUAAUGCUGAUAAGGAAAUCGAGCUGCAAAUGUUGCCAAUUUCAAGUGUUUGUGGGGGCCUAAAGACAGAAAGAGAAACCUCACUUCGUGC